AUGAUUGUGCAUUCUGAUGUAUGGGGACCGUCGAAAAUAGCUACUCUUGGUGGUGCUCACUGGUUUGUUACUUUUAUUAACGAUUGCACCAGAAUGACUUGGGUUAUUUUGUUAAAAUCAAAAAGCGAAGUUAGUUCAGCCUUUCAAAGGUUCCAUAAAAUGGUUGCUGUGCAAUACAACAGGAAUAUCCAGGUUCUUAGAAGUGACAAUGGUGGUGAAUAUGUUAAUAUGGAACUUCGUUCCUUCCUAGAACUGCAUGGUAUUGUUCAUCAGACCACGUGCCCGUAUACUCCUCAACAGAAUGGGGUUGCUGAACGCAAAAAUAGACACCUGUUAGAAAUGGUUCGUGCUUCACUCAUUGAGGCACAUCUGCCUCUAUAUUAUUGGGGAGAGGCGCUUACGUCCGCAGCCUAUCUUAUUAAUCGUCUUCCUUCUCGUACUAUCAACUUCCAUACACCAUUUCAGGCUCUCACAUCUCAGACUAGUACCACCGACUCCCAAUCUUCCCCCACGGAUCUUGGGUCAUCACGUUUGGAGUACACAGCACCUAGAGAAGGGCAGCAGUCCACGUGUUAUGGUGAUCAGCUCACAGCAUCUGGCAACGGGCAGCAGCCUGUGUGCUUUGGUCAUCAGCCCACUGAGCAGGUCCCUGAGGAGCAGCAAACAUUGCAGGAGGAAGAGCAUCCCACGGGUCCCACGGGGUUUGGGCUUGAUGAUGAGCUGCAGCCCAUUAUUUGUAAUGGAACCGAGCAGCAACUACAGCAAUUGCCACAGGAUUUUCCUUCCGAUGUUAUAUCAGAUCCAAGUAUAAACUCGUCUUAUGUUAAUUCUCAUAACCAAUCGUCUUCUACACCGGAUGCAACUCCACUCCGUCGCCUUCCAGAGCGUAUUAAUCGAGGUAUUCCCAAACCCACUUACGAGGCAGAUCCUAAGUGUAAACACAAGUAUUCCUUGAGUGAGCCAAAUUCCGAUUCAAAAGUGAGAUACCCAUUAAACAAUUAUGUGUCUACCUGUCACCUGUCAGAAUCAAAUAAGUCAUUUGUAUAUCAAUUAUCUACUGUAUCUAUUCCUAACAGUGUGCAGGAGGCCUUAGCAGAUUCCCGCUGGAAAGAUGCAAUGAACGAAGAAUUAAGGUCGUUGAAGAAGAGUGCUACCUGGGAAAUAACCGACUUGCCAGCCGGAAAGAAGUCUGUGGGAUGCAAAUGGGUUUAUACAGUGAAAUACAAAGCAGAUGGAACAAUUGAUCACUUUAAGGCAAGAUUGGUGGCCAAGGGGUAUACACAAAAAUAUGGCAUUGACUACACUGAUACGUUCGCACCAGUGGCAAAGAUUAAUACAGUUCGUGUUCUACUGUCCUUAGCAGCAAAUCUAGAUUGGCCUUUGCAACAGUUCGAUGUGAAAAAUGCAUUCCUCCAUGGAGAUCUAAUUGAGGAGAUUUACAUGGACCUUCCACCAGGGUGGAGUGAUCCGGACAUACGGAAACAAAAGGUAUGUAGGCUCAAGAAAUCAUUGUAUGGAUUGAAGCAGUCUCCAAGAGCCUGGUUUGGUAGAUUUACCAAAUCCAUGAGAGCAUUCGGGUAUAGGCAAAGUAAUUGGGAUCACACGUUAUUCCUGAAACGCAGGAAUGGAAAGGUUACAGCUCUCAUCGUAUAUGUGGAUGAUAUGGUGGUUACUGGUAACGAUCCUAUUGAGCAAGCAGCCUUGAAAAAAUAUUUGUCCACAGAAUUUGAAAUGAAAGAUCUUGGUUCUUUGAAAUAUUUUCUUGGGAUUGAGGUGUCGAGGUGCAAGUCUGGGAUAUUUCUAUCACAAAGGAAGUAUAUUCUUGACCUGUUAAAAGAAACUGGCAUGACAGCGUGCAAGCCGGUGUCUACUCCAUUGGCCGAAGGAAUGAAGUUGGGUAUUGAUCAUAACCAAGGAUCGAUUGAUAAAGGGAGGUAUCAAAGGUUAGUGGGAAGAUUGAUGUACUUGGCUCACACUAGGCCGGAUCUUGCUCAUGCCUUAAGUGUAAUUAGUCAAUAUAUGCACAAUCCGGGAGAACAACACAUGAGUGCAGUUAUGAGAAUAUUGAGUUACUUGAAAGGAAGCCUUGGUAAAGGAAUUUUAUUUCGAAAAAAUGGGCAUUUCAGAAUUGAGUGCUAUACAGAUGCUGACUGGGCCGGAUCAACGGAUGAUAGGCGCUCGACAUCCGGGUAUUUUACCUUUGUUGGGGGAAAUCUAGUAACGUGGAGAAGUAAGAAGCAGAAUGUUGUAUCAAGGUCAAGCGCAGAAGCCGAAUUUAGAGGCAUGGCACUCGGUAUUUGUGAACUCUUGUGGCUUAAGUUUCUAUUACAAGAUGUGGGGGUCAAAUGUGGUCAGCCGAUGAAGUUAUUCUGUGACAAUAAAGCUGCUCGUGAUAUUGCUCAUAAUCCAGUGCAACAUGAUAGGACCAAGCAUGUAGAGGUUGACAGGUUCUUUAUUAAGGAGAAGCUAGAUAGCAAAGUAAUUGAGGUUCCUCCCAUAGGAACGAACGACCAAGUAGCAGAUAUUCUCACUAAAGCGGUUUUCGAGUGA